CUCCAACACCAGUCCCUCAACUCCAACUUACCUCUUACACACCAACCCCAAUACAACAUGUCCGGUACCCUCAAGAAUGGCGAGUGGCUCAAGGUCGGCGAGAGCCUUUGGAGUCCAGAUGGCUCCGUCGAACUGAAAAUGCAAGAGGAUGGUAAGCUGGCCAUCUACUGGGAAGGGGAGUGCCGGUUUCAGACCACCGACGAGCAACGUGACGACAUUGAUGGAAUUCAAAUUCAGGAAGAUGGAAACUUUGUUAUUUAUGACAACGACGGCAAUGCUGUCUGGGCCUCUGACACUGCUGAGCCCACGGGAGACAGCAGCGUCGAGGUUGUUGUCCAAGAUGAUGGCAAUGUAGUCCUGUACAAGAAGACCGCCAUCUGGUGCAGUGAGACUCACAAAUAAGGGUGGCGCUGUUGAAGAACCAGGGUCGUGGUGGUGACAUGGCAUCUCUUGGGGGACACAUGAUGCUUCACGUGGCUUCGCCCGUCACACACUUCUGUCGGACAUAUGCCUUGUUACUGACUGUUUGGUUAUGAUUGAAUGAUAAAACUUGUUCU